UUUGUUAAUCAUCAUGCAUUACUUUAUUCGUUCAGUAAUCCAUACAUAACAACGGUUAAUUCAUAAAUCAGAUUGUUGACAACAAAUAUUUAGUUCAGUGCAAGGUGCAAAUUCCAGGUGAAUUUCCAGGUGGAAACCUGUUUGGGUAAAGGGUAACUGCAAAUUAAUUCCUCUUCAUUGUUCAUUGAACUCCAAUCAAUCAAUCAGUAAAUAAAUAAAUAAGAUGUACUUGCACGUUCGUACCACCACCCAUCUAUCAAUUCAUUCUCUAAACCUCUUGUCCUCUGCAGGGUCGUGGGGAUGCCACCAUAUAUAGAGCAUUUGCCAUGUUCGGACAGAACUGAGUUCAAUAUUUUUGAAUUGUGCAUGUAAAUUAGGUUUUGAAAUAAUACAAUUAUUUGAAUGUUCAUAAAUGACCCUUCUGGCCACUUUGUCCAUUGUAGAGCAUAUGUAGAUGAAGAGGGCUAAGCAUGGAAAGAAACAUUAAAAACCAGUAGCAGAGAUACAGUCAUUUUCUGAUGCAUUCAAAUGAAAGCCAUUCUGAUGGAAAUCUGAAGCAAAAUGUGGGUUGCUGAACUUGUCAUGUGUUAAUUCACUGUUGUGACAUGUAGGCCUAGACAUUUAUGUAUUAACAUCUGAAAAUAGGGUAGGAUUAAUUUAAAAAUAAACAAAGUUAAAAUAACACAAAUUAAUGCCCAUUCAUCUAACCUGCUGCCACAGCACUUUCAAAUGAUGUGAAAUGAUGUAAAAUUAUUUUCAAAUGAUGUACGCCACUUUUUGCUUUUAAUGCUUAAGUACAUUAAAAAUCAAGUACUUUUGUACUUUUACCCAAGUAAAAUUGAAAAGGAGUACUUUAUACUGUUACUGGAGUAAUGUUUUAUUAGCGUACCUGUACAUUUACUCAAGGUACUUGAUUUGUGUACUUUAUCUACCUCUGGAUAUGUGACACUUCUUGUUUUCUUGAACCCUGACUGGAGCAAAUAGCAGACAUGCUUUGGCAGGAAUCAGAUCAAAUGCGAAAGUAAAAACUUGAUAGCUAGAGAAACUUUACUCAGAAGCUCCUACAAAACAAAAGACGUGAAAAUGGACACUGGAGACAAUCAACAUCUCUCAGAGCUGAGGAUUGUGUUAAUGGGUCACAGAAGAGCUGGUAAGAGUUCAUCAGGAAACACCAUCCUGGGCAGAGAAGUGUUUGACUUAAAGAGAUCUGCCCUGUGUGUGAGUAGACAUGGAAAAGUAGCAGACAGACACAUCACUGUCAUUGAAGCUCCAGGAUGGUGGAGGAAUAUACCUGCAGAGGAAAGUCCUGAGAUACUAAAGCAGGAGAUUUUGCUCAGCAUGUCUCUCUGUCCUCCAGGACCACACGUUGUACUAAUGCUCAUGCGUGCAGCCACUAGAUUUUAAGAUUAUGUGGGAAAAGUAUUGCAGGGGCAUCUGGAUCUUUUCAGUGAGAGAUUCUGGAAUCACGUUAUAGUGCUGUUCACAUAUGGAGACACACUGUUAGACACAUCUAUAGAGCAGCACAUCAAGAGUGAAGGGAAAGAUCUCCAGUGGCUGCUGGACAAAUGUGGGAACAGAUAUCAUGUUCUCAACAAUCAGAACAGGAGUGACGACACUCAGAUCAAGGAGCUGCUAGAGAAGAUUGAGGAGACAGUGGCUCAAAACAACAGCUGCCACUUUGAACUAGACAGAAAGUUUUUACAGGACAUGAAAGAAAAAAGGAGAGCAGAGGAAGAGAGAGCUAAAGAACGAAUGAAGAUGAUAAAAAAACAGAGAGAAAACAUCCGAUCACAGAUGAAAACUGAGAAGCCGAAAGUAAAUCACAUGACACCUGCAUCAUUGUAUGGAGUCUCUUUUAUCAACAACACACAACGCAGAAACAAACCCACUACAUAUUGGUGCCGUGACCCGUCGUUUGGUUUGCUGAUUGCUGACCGCCUGGGAUGCUGCGAGGGUGAACAUCUCCUGGGACUCUGUCGACGUCUUCAUUGGUGAUCUGCGGGACUGGAGUAGUUUGGCUUGCGGGUUGCUGACCGCCUGGGACGCUGUAAGAGUGACUGUCUUUCCUGGGACUGUGUUGAUGUCAUCGUUGAUCUGCAUGAUUGGAGCGGUUCAUCAGUGACUGGUUUGAACUCUAACUUCUUUCUUUCAAAGGGACGAUUCUUUCUGUAAAGGAACUAUGGACAUUUUACUUUAAAGUCAUUUUGAUUUCGGAUCAAAUUUAUUUGUGUGUGCAUUACGCGAAUUGAGGGGAUUCAUUAUGACCGAUGACAAGGAGGAAAAGUUAGCAUUCGAACACCGCAUAAUGAUGGCUGGUAGAGGAAGGGGUGCACUACUAGCCACACCUGACAGAGGUUUUCAGUUUAUGGGUCCUGAGUAUGCAAGCACUGGGAGGGGUGGAUUGCUGAGAUUGUCAGUUGAUGCUAGGCCUGACGUGGGCUGUAGCCCAAUAACGAAAUCGGGCAACCCAGAGUAUACCAAACAUGAUUCAGGACUUCCAAGUGACAUGAGUAACCUUGUCAGACAAAUUGGAUCUGAAAUUGGCGAAGCUAUCAGAGACAGUCUGUUGCAGACUAGACAUUCAAGUCUGUCACCUAGUGGUUGUCUUGGAGAAAGCAGUAAUGUUUCUGACACCAAGAUGUCGAAUGCAACCAUUAUCGAUGCCUCCAAGUUAAAUUUGAUACUGAAGUCUGAGAUAACUGCACCACCGUAUUAUCGGGGAGACGGUACAGAUAAGUGCUCCAUGAUGGAGUGGGAAGAACUGAUGCGAGUAUACCUUAAUAAAAAAGAAGUGGUAAACUCUGAAAGGGUUGAAGAAGUCACAAAUAGACUAAUGGGGAGGGCUAGAGAUAUCAUAAAAGUCUGGUUGAGUAACAGAAUGGUUACUCCAACUGUAGAUGCUGUUUUCACAGUAUUGAGACACCAUUUCAGUGAUUCCAGUAGCUCAGGAAUGCCUUUAGCCGAUUUCUACUCUGUGAGACCUUACUCCAAUGAAAGUCCCCUGGAUUAUUGGAUAAGGUUGAACAAAGCGGCUGAGGUGGCUGAGCAGGGCCUUAGGGAGGAGGGCAGAACUUUAGAAAAUCGAAGUAGAGAACUGGCUGUUAUGUUUAUUCGACACUGCCCUGAUAAGGAACUGUCUCUAGUGUUCAAAAGCAAACCUACACAGUCGUGGACAGCUUCUGAGGUCCAAGAGAGAUUGGAUGAGAUGCUUAGGGAACAGAAAGCGACAAAGCGAGUUGUAUGUCAACAAACAGCCAAAGUUCUUGAGCCUAUUGAUGAUUCAACUCCUCUGUCUCAUAGGUCAGAAACAGCCACUCCAGCAACAGAUAAUGGCGCUCUAGACAAAGUCUUGACCAUGUUGGAGAAAGCUCUUGUUUGUAAUGCACAGUCUAUGCGCGGUGGCUGGUCUAAGAAUCCUAACAGACAGAGCCGGGAAUGUAGAGUUUGUACUAGCAAAGAUCACAGUACUACUGCUCAUUGCAAGAUGUACAAUCUCUGCUUUAAGUGUUUUUCUUCUGGGCAUAUGAGCUUUAAUUGUGAGAAAACUGUGCCCAGGGAAACCACUGGCAGACGAGGAGAUGACGAGCCUCAGGGAAACUAG